AAUGUUGUCAUUCCUUAACAUGGUUUUACUAUGGUAAACGUGCAGUAAGCAUAAUUUUGGUUGGUGGAUUGAUUUCUAUUUGUAUUAAACAGUUUUUACUUAGAAUAUAAUGGUUAAACUGUGGUUAGUGAAACAAACCAAGGUUUGUGGUUACCAUGGUUUAACUAUAAAUGUUUUUUUUGUAGUAAAACCAUGGCUAAUCAUACAUCAUUUAGUUAGCUUGAAUUUUUGUUUUUUUAAUUAAUUUGUUUGGCAACACUUUAGUAUGGGUAUUAACUAUGACUUGUCCCUUAAAAAGCUUCUUGUUUAAUGCUUUAUUUAAUAAUAGUUAGUAAAUUAGUUAUUAUGUUUAGGUAUUUGGAAGGAUAAAGAAUGUAAAAUAAGGUCAUGCAGAAUAGGACAUUAAUAUGUGUUUAAUAAUUACUAAUAAACAGUCAAUAUUCUAGUAAUAUGCAUGCUAAAAAGCCACUAGUUAAAAACCCUAAAAUAAAGCUUUGCCAUUUUAUAGCUGUCAUCAUUAUAAUUUAAUAAAAAAAAGGUGUAGUUGUCCAGUACUUGCAAAAAUACACUUGUUUGCUAUUAUUUCCAUGUUAUGUUCAGAUGAGCACAAAGCCAAAGAGCCACAAGGCUAUGGGAGAUGGCGAGUGGAUGGCCAGGUUGAGGGCUUUUGCCAGCUCUGGAGUUUGGCCAUCUGGAGGAGGAAAUCGACCUUCCCCAAGACAGCGGAAGUGGUAUGACCUCUACCAGAAGAUUGAGAAAUGCCCCAUGCAGGCCCAUGGACAGACCACCCUCUUUGGAGGGUCCAUGACCUGCAAGUGUGGUUUCCACACCACUAAGCAGCCUGCCACUGCCGCUUCAUCUCCUGCCGCACCUCCAGAGUCUAAGGCUUCAUACACAGCAACCGGCACAGUUGCCCAACAGUCUGAAGCUUCAGACACGGCCCCUGCCCCACGGACCUUCCUGAGGCCCCCUCCAAGUUUGUCAAUGUUCACUAAGUCACGGUUUGGUGGGUCCCAUUCGGCUUUAAUAAAGCCUAAUUUAGUGGAUCGAAGGAGCCCCAGCCCCUCUCCUCCACCCUCUUCAAGGACCCCUAGUCCUUCUCCUCCCAGCCCCUCUCCUCCAUCCUCUGUGAGGACCGCCACCCCUUCUCCAUCCACUAUGAGGACCCCGAGCCCAUUCUCUGUUAAGGCCCCCAGUCCUGCUCCACCCUCUGUGAGGGCCCCCAGUCCUGCUCCACCCUCUGUGAGGACCUCCAGUCCUGCUUCACCCUCUGUGAGGACCCCUCAUCCUUCUCCACCCUCUGCGAGGACCCCCAGUCCUGCUCCACCCUCUGAGGAGCCUGGAGGAGUCCAGCCAGCCCCUGCUGGGGCCCCAGCUUCAUUCUGGUUGCCAGGUGAAAUGAGCAAGACCAUCCCUGUGCAGGACCAGCGGUGGAUUGCAAACACCUUAUUUCACUCUGGCAAGCUGCAGCCAGAUUUGAAGGUGUGGUAUGAGCCCCUUGUCCCAGCCCUUAUUUACCACCAGACACCAACUCCUGACAGGUUCUUUACUCAUCGGUUGAUGGUGUGGAUGCCCUACCACCUGUGGAAGGUGCGGGUGUCCUGCCCAGCUUGUGGCAAGAACCUGACAGGUUAUGGUGUCCACAAGAGGGCUCGGAAGGUCCUGGACAUUGAUAGAUAUUACCUGAUGGUAACAGAGACACUCAGGUGCACUGUGUGUUCUCUCAAUUAUCUGUCAACAAGUCAGACUGUCCGGGACCAGCUUGACCUGCCUCACCAGAAAAUGUUCCGGCUGAUCCUGACCCGAAAGUAUGCCUGUGACAUCCGUGUCAUUAGGCUGCUUCGGGACCGGACGCUGGGCAAUAGUCCAGCUCGAUUGGUGAAGCAGUUAAAGGAGAACCAUGGGGAGGAAUGGCUGAAUCGGUUGGCACACUAUGUUGGGGAGUGUGCUAACUUUGUGGAUCGACCCAGCCUCUUUCCAGUGGUCUGCCAGGAUCCUCCAGAUCCCAUCGACAUCCCCACCAGUCGUUGGCUGCUGUCAGUGUACGGCAGGGACAUCCUCUGCCGUAUAGACCAUAUAAAGGCCAGCAUCACAUCGACUUUUGGCACCAUCUUAAAGAUGGAUUCCACCAAAAAGAUCACAAAGAAGCUGGCUGGCCAUGGACGUGGGACAGCACUCUGGGUCUCCUCAAUAGGGAACGAGUUUGGCCAGAUAGUGACCAGUGUCCUGUCAGUGCAGGAGGGGCCAGGACUGGACAGGAUGGUGGCUGGUGUCAUCGAGAGGUAUCGCCAGGCAGACCUCCACAUACGGCUGGAUAUCUGGCACUUUAUGAGAAGGCUGGCCGUGGGCUGCACCACCGAUGCCCAUCCCCUCUACCCCACCUUCAUGGGAUGCCUGUCUGCCUGCAUCUUUGAGUGGGAUGCUGGGGACCUCAGCCUGUUGCGGCAGGCAAAAAGACUGCAGCUGAUGCAGGAGGGUGUGCCAGGUAUUACUGAUGUCCUGGUGGACAGGAGCAUCAGUAAAAAGGACCUCAGCCUUUACUGCCGCAGGAGGACGCGCGGUGAAGAGGCCACCAUACGCCUCAUUGAGAGGUUGCUGCAGGAGCUGGGAGGGGCAAAUGGGAGGGACCUUAUGGGUGUGCCACUCCUGGAUGAGGUGCGCAUGGAGCACAUCUGGCGUGUGCAGAAACGCCAUGUCAAGUGCAUCCAGGACUUGCCAGGAGUGGCACUUUACACAGAGAUGGGCACCACAAAAAAGUCAGGGGUCAUCCUGACCAGGUAUCGGUGUGCCAGAGGGUCCACGUCCCUGGAGUCUUUUCAUUGCCACCUGAACAGGUUCAUUCCAGGAACCAGUGCUAAUGCGCUGAAUUUCCAGCUCUACCUCCUGGAAGGCCUGAACAGGUGGAAUCAGGAUCGAGGGACUGCAGCAGUGACCAGCAAGCCAGCCUCUCUUCUCACCUACUCCGGGGAUAUGGCCCACUGCGUCAACACCAACAGCCUGAAGGUGUUUGGUCGGCCAUUUGUGCCAACUUUCAGGCCCCCUGCCAAAUAUACUGGAGAGCUUCUUGGUGUUGACUACCUCCUGAGUCAGACUGGACAGCCCCUGGUAGUGGACCCUGACUCAGAAGAGACAGAGAACAUGCUGGAGGAUGUGGAUGAAGAAGAGGCAGAAGAAGACGAGGGCUUCGGGGAAGACUAAACACAUGAUGUUACUGUGUCAAGUCUUACCGAUGACCCAAGCUUCUCUGUCUCAUCCCAAUUUCUGCCCUCCUCUGAGUCUCUCUCCUCCACUAAGCCUGCUGUCCCCUCUGCCCAGCCUGCUGCCUCAUUCACCAUGGCUGCUGCCUCCUCCACUCAGCCUGCUAGCCCCUCUGCCCAGCCUGCUGCCUCCUACAACCAGACUGCUGGCCCCUCUGCCCAGCCUGCAGCCUCCUACACCCAGACUGCUGGCCCCUCUGCCCAAUCUGUUGCCUCUUACACCAUGGCUGCUGCCCUGGCUGCUUCCUCCUCCCAGACUGUUGCCCCAACCAUGACUGCUGCCUCUUCCACCAUGGUUGCUUCCUCUGCUGCCUCCUCCACCCAGCCUGCUGCCAAUCUCCACGCCAAGUGCCUCGGCAUCUUCAGAGGAGUCUGUGUGUUUGGAUAGCUCUGGUAUGCCAGGCAUGGACAGAGUCGACAGCCUGGUGGAGUAUCUCAUGGAGCUUAGAAACCAGCCCUUUCUGGCCCUCACCAACCAGCAGGUGAGCAAUAUUGUUGCUCUUUGGCAGAACCUGCUGGAGUAUGACAGGCAGAGGGUGGUGUUUGCUGCAAGAUACCAGAUCAAGCAGAACACAGGGAGGUACGAGACCUCCAAGAAAAGGCAGGAGUUCACUCCAGG